AUGGGAUGUGGAAUUCACUCAAAAAAUAAGCAAAGCAGCAGCAAAAACGGUUCUUUAAGCCUUGAUAUUACAGAUAAAUCAUUAAACUACAAAGUAAAAACUGCAAGUUCUGCAAUUUUUCCUGAAAAACGAAAAAUCUACACAAUUCGAGUGUUUACUCCUGAAGAAGAUGGACUUCAUGAAGACCUCAAUACUUUAGAAAACAAUGUAAAAAGCAUCUGUGUUAUUUAA